UUCUACUUGGCCUACUCUCUGUAUUCCGCACGGAUUUUCGCAAUCGUCGCGCGGAAUCGCGCGUAAAAACUCGCGACUCGCGUUCGCGAUCGAUUAGGCUCGGCAACACGGCUAAUGAACCUGGAUGCAAAGCGCUACAAUCGGCAGCAGUCCAUGGCGGCAUCUCGCAAUCGUGAUCGCGUGAUUGACUCCGAGGCGUCAUAGAAAAUCGGAGCGGAUGGAUCGCAAUGAGUGUCUCGUACGUGAAAAAUGUCACGGUGCUAUCGACGAGGACAUCAUCGUGCGCGAGUGAAUGUGACGUUGUUGAGAAAUGAUCAACGAAAGACACAGGUUUCCUGCUCGACGCAUUCACUCGACCUAAGAACUCGCGUGCGAGUAAAAUUAGUGCACGGCAAACGCGAUUGUUUACGUGAGCAUUCCUUCUGUCAAUUGGAGUGAACAGUUGGACCUUUGCCGAUGCGGAUAUUUGCGGGUAAAUACGAUCUCUUGCGGUUGAUGCAACGAAAUUUGAGUUUGCUGGUUCACCGAUCAUCGUUCUGAACAAUCCGAGUGAGAUUUCAGCGUUAAAAUCACUUCGUGAUCGUAGAAAAUGUUGCUUCUCUUGUGAAUUUAUCAUUAUAAACUAGAUCGAUCCUUGACGAUUUCUCGAUCAAAAUAUUUCACCUGUGUGCGCAAAAGUUUUAUUAAACAUUUUUCCCACAAAAAGAAACUGUAAUAGGUCACGUGACUGUCGCAAUUAUCUAUCUUAGUGUAUUGUGAAUCGGUAGUUGAAAGUUGUUCUAUAGAAGAUUCUGUUUAUUUAAAUGCGCAAAAGAAUUUAAAAAACAUUAACCUCAGGGACAUUAACAUUCGCGAGUUGCAAAACAGAAACAAUAAUAUCAAGAAGUGUACAUUUGCCAUUUUAAAGAAGUUUUGCCAUUUUAAAUUAAAGUACACGUUUUAUCUCCACCAUGGAUGAUGAUAUAGACGAUAAAGACGACACGAAGCGAAAAUCGCGUAAUCUCAGUGAAAAGAAACGUAGAGAUCAAUUUAAUAUGCUUGUGAACGAACUUGGUAGCAUGAUUAGUGCCAAUACACGGAAAAUGGACAAAUCUACAGUGCUAAAAUCAACAAUUCUAUUUUUAAAGAAUCACAAUGAGAUAGCUGUUAGAUCGAGAGUUCAUGAGAUCCAAGAAAAUUGGAAACCGUCUUUUCUCUCCAAUGAGGAAUUCACUCAUCUUAUCUUGGAGGCAUUGGACGGAUUUAUAAUAGUUUUUUCCUCGAAUGGACGUAUUUAUUAUGUCUCUGAAAGCAUUACAUCUUUGCUUGGAUAUCUUCCGAACGAAUUAGAGAACACGACUAUUUAUAAUAUAACAUAUCAAGAAGAUCAGCCACAUUUAUAUAAUGUCUUGUUAAAUCCUGCUAACACGCGAGAUAAACGCGCUGUGAAAAAAGAAGACCAAAUAUCUUUCACGUGUCACAUCAAAAGGGGCGGAUUCCAUUUUCGAGAAGAUUCCGUUUACGAACUUGUACAAUUUAUUGGAUAUUUCCGAUCUGCUAUGGAUGACGAUGUCGACAACUUACUUCCAGGUCAAAAAUUUAGUAACACCAAUGCAUCAGACAACAAAUUAGUAUUCGUGGGUACAGGACGUCUUCAGACUCCUCAACUUAUCCGAGAAUUAUCCGUGACCGAUAACACCAAGUCAGAAUUCACAUCCCGCCAUAGUCUGGAAUGGAAAUUUCUCUUUUUAGAUCAUAGAGCACCACCCAUCAUCGGAUACUUGCCUUUUGAAGUUUUAGGCACUUCCGGAUAUGAUUAUUAUCAUGUGGACGAUUUAGACAAUGUCGUUACGUGCCAUGAAUCAUUGAUGCAGAAAGGCGAGGGAACAUCUUGCUACUAUAGAUUCCUCACCAAGGGUCAGCAAUGGAUUUGGCUGCAAACUAGAUUUUACAUUACGUACAAUCAGUGGAACUCGAAACCUGAAUUUAUCGUGUGCACGCAUUACGUGGUCAGUUAUGUCGACGUAAUGAAGGAAUUGCGCGCGGAAUCGGGGGGUUACGAUAAAACGGAAAAUCAAGAUGUUUUAAUACCCGUAAAACAAGGCACAACAUCUUGUCAAACACCGUUGACGCAAUGGUCAAACAAAUCAUCGAAAACAUUAAAGUCAAUGACAAUCGCUUCCAAUCUCCAACAUUGCGGUGAUUCCAAUACAUCUUCCAUAUCAGUCUCCUUACGAAGUUCUCCAUAUUCACAAAUAACGCAUGGAUCACACUCGAACGCGGCUUCUGCAAGCAGUUCUAUAGUGUCAAAGCCGAUUGCGUCGAUGGACAGCAGGCAACAACAACAACAAACGCAACAGCAGUCGCAGCAGCAGCAAUCGCAACAUCAGCUGGAUAUCAAUCAGUCAUGCACUAAUUUUAUGGAUCCUGCACAAUAUGCGACUGUUAAUCUGCAAUCAGUCACUACGGGAUUCGCAACGCCUGCUGCCCCUAUACUUUCAACUGUACCCACUCACGAGAUGUUACAUCAACAAAGCAUAGUGAUGACUCCUGCGCAAAAUCAAAUACAAGACGAAUUACAAAGGAAGCAUGAAGAGUUACAACAGUUAAUUGUUCAUCAGCAGGAAGAAUUAAGAAGAGUUUCAGAACAAUUAUUUAUAGCUCGAUACGGGAUUCUCACGCCACUAUUAAACGCGAGUAUAUCAUACAAUCCAUCGAAUCCGUGUCAACAAGCGAAUCGAUGCAAUACCAACAAUACUAACGUUCAGUUGCCCACCUCCAGUAACGUACAAAGUGUUAAUGUACUUCCCAUACCGAUCACCGUGCCAGUGCCUAUAGUACCUACGGAAUUAUUUUCGCAAUCCUUGCAAGUCAGUCCAUCGCCGAACUCGACGCAUGGCAACGUAGGUGCUAUAAUUCAAACUCAACAACAACAACAACAUUCGCAAUUACAACAUCAACAGCAGCAACAAGUACCGCCGCAACAGGAAAGUAAUCCCGAUCUCGUGUCUUUUCAAAUCUGUCCGCAACAAGCCGAAAUGAUCUACGCUAACAUAGACGCGUCCUCGAAUCAGCAAUAGAGAUUAUCGCAAAAUUAAAAAGACUUUCUAUGACUCCCAUUGUAUCCAUCGUAAUAGGCAAGAAUUUAAUUAAUAUUCUUGAGAACUGAGAUAAUUAUCUUAAAUUCCUUUAACUCUUCUGCAAGUGAGGAAAUCUCAAUAUAAUAACUCAAUAAAAAUAACAAUAGAUAUACCAAAUUAUAUCUAUUGCUAUUUUAUAGUUGCAAUUGUUUUUCUAUCUAUAGAAAAAAUGCAUUUUCGAAAAAAUGUGUAUGCGUGUAUGUCUGUACGCAUGUGUGUGUGUGUGUGUGUGUGU